AUGGAAGACUCACUGUGGGAAGCAUACAAGCCAGAGCUGCAUCGACUGUACAUACGAGAGGGAAUGACCUUGUCUGCAGUGAUGGAGUAUAUGGAAUCCAAGUACAGCUUCGGCAAAACAAAGGCGCAGUACACAAAACACUUCGGAAAGUGGGGUUUCCAGAAGAAUCAAAAGGUUUCAGCAUCUGAUGCUGUCUUCAUUGAGAGACGCAUCCAGAAACGAAAACAAGUGUUCGACAAGGAGAGCGAAGUCUACAUCGACGGCGUUGAGUACCCUUCCAAGAAGCGCAAGAAGGCUCCGUAUGGCAAAGCAUAUGUUUCGACAACGGAACGUCUUCGUCUUGCUGGUGCUCCCUCCCCAUGUACCCCCGAGGGUAUCGUCGUCUGUACCCCAGCAACACCAGGGAUGUGGCUUAACUGGGAUCUAUCUCUUCCGUGGCUACGGUUCUCAAAGCUAUUGCGGCCGCCGACGCAAGAUGAAGAUCUACUUUCAACCAGCCCUACCCUGGCGGUAACCUCACCCCGAGGGACAAAUGUCUCAUCGUACGCCCCGAACAUGGAACUGUUGAAACGCUUGGGCUCGGUCGUACCGUGGAACCGACUGACCCAUCCACCGAACGUGAAUAGCUGUUCACGCACGGCGACGGCACUGAGCAUCAUUAUGCCGGCAGAGUCCGAGGGUCAACUGCGCGGCUUGGCCAGCCGAUUCGCUGAGUCCAAGCAAUCAACAAUUGAUAUCCUGGGAGUUGAGUUGUUCUUGCUGUCGAAUAACCUGGUCUCUCAUGGGCCCGAUGGGAAAACCUUUGGUAGCAUGAGAUCUCACGACCAGCGGGUGUUGGAAAUGUUCCGAUUAUCCAGCUGGAACAACGUAGCUCGGCUUAAGGUCCUUGUAUCAAGCCAAGAACCAACAGCUGGGGCCAUAGCAGAGCAGCUGUUUGCCAGCUCCGUGCGGGAGAUGGAGAUAGAGAGUGUUAGAAUGUUGCUCGAGGCCGGUAUGAGCCCCAAUGGCUAUAUUGACACUGUUGACGAGGGGUCACUCACUCCCUUGCAAUAUGCUACGCUUGCUCUUGGUUCGGGGGAUCCCAAAGCCUUGCAGCUCCUUGAACUUCUUCUGUCCCAUGGUGCAGAUCUCGACAAAUCUAGCAACGAUAUUUCGCCCCUUGGAUAUGCACUUCAGAUCCAUAGCCUGGAAGCCAUUGAUGAAUUACUCUCCCAUGGAGCAUAUGCCACACCGUCAUGCCUAGCAUUUGCUGCUUAUAGUCUCAAAGAUUCAGAGCUCUUCAAGCAAUUACUGGGUCCAGAUACAGAUGUCAACGCACGGAGCGGGCUGCAGGGCCCCAGUCCAUUGAGCCAGGCUGUAAAGGGCGGGAACAUCGAAAUCAUCAAAGUCUUGCUUGAUAGAGGAGCCGAUUUGAAUGCACUAGUUGACAUUGAAUUCGACGGAGAUUGGGCAGUCACGACGGUGCUCGGAUACGCUGUACAGUCAGCCGGGCUGGAAAUUAUCGAGACUCUACUACAUGCUUGUCUGGAUGUCAAUCCAAACAUCGACGGGUUGCCCUAUGCUUCCCCUCUUGUCCUAGCCGUGGCUAGAGCUAAGGCUAAUCCUCGGCUGGUUAACCUUCUACUCCAAAAAGGAUUCGAUAUUCAGAUUGCCGAUGAUUGUGGGGCACAAACGCUCUUAGAGCGAGCACUAAAAGCGAAGAAUACAAGCCUGUGCGAGAUACUGAUCCGAAACGGGGCCAGGAUAGAUAGGCCAUUUUCUGACAAGGAGCAUGCUACCUCUGCUCUUGUUUGCGCUAUUCAGACCGGUGCCGCUGAAGUUGCUAGGUUGUUGAUCGAUAUGGGAGCACGCUUGAAUGAUUCUUAUAGCAAUUCUCCCGGAACAGUACUGGGAGCAGCCAUUGAGCGGGGGGAUAUGAUUAUUCUUGAUAUGGCAUGGACUGCUGGCGCUGUCUCAGUUAACCCAAGACUUGGGAGGCUUGGUAAUAUGCAGACGGCAGUAUACCUGGAGCAAAGAGGAUUGCUUGCAGAUAUCCUCAACAUGGCCGGGACCCCGCUCCUAGGAGCCGCACUAUCGGCAAAGGAUGAUGGUUUAGUAUGGAUGCUGCUAUCCUACACAUUCGAACUCAACCGUGUCACUAUGGACACCAGGAUCCAUGACCACCCUGUAACCUACAAGGACCCGCUGCAGGCUGCAAUCAGAAAUGGGCGUCUCUCAAUUGCAUAUGCCUUACUUGACCGCGGCGCGAAGGUGACCGAUAGUGAUAUUGCAGAUGUUGUGAUGUAUCUGGAUAGUAAUGACACCACUGAAGGUACCGAGUUACUCCAACGCCUACUCAAGGACUUCCAAGGAGCAGCCCCCACUGCCACAGCAGAGGCAAUUCUAUCGGACAGGUUGGACCUAUUUGACUCUCUCCUUGCCGCGCGUAUUGAUCCAAGGGGGAAGCCACAACAAUUCCUGGACGUGUGGGAGUUUGAUACAGGAAGAGAUUAUCGCCUUGAUCCGCCAGAGUCCAUUCUCGAGAUAGUUUGCCAAACUGGCGAUAUGAUGGUGCUCGAAACUCUCUUUCAGGCUUGCCCCUGGGAUUCAAGGCUCGUUGGUCGUGCUUUGACACUGUCAAUUCUCUUCAACUAUACCGAAUUGUUUGAAUACUUGUUUUCAUGGGCUCCUGAUAUCAACCAAGAGAUUGCGAUCCACCAUCUGGACACUGAGGACGAAGAGGGGUUAUUUGUUUCAGGGUAUACGGAAGUGGUAACUCCGCUGCAAGUUGCAUCAAGAGACCAACGGGUAUCCGUGGUACAAAAACUGCUUGGACAUCCAAAUAUUGAUGUCAACUACCUGGGCGCAGGUCCCCGGCGUCGCACAGCUCUUCAGCAUGCCGUCGGGAAUGGAAACAUGGAAUUAAUCAAUCUCUUCCUUAACCGUGGAGCCGACAUCAACGGCCGUCCUGCCCGAGAUGGUGGAGCAACUGCACUGCAGAUAGCAGCAAUUCAAGGAUAUCUCGGGAUUGCCCACAGGCUGAUUCAUCUGCAUGCCAAUAUCAACGCCCCCCCUGCAAGAAUAAAUGGUAGAACAGCCCUGGAAGGAGCAGCAGAGUAUGGCCGGAUUGAUAUGCUCCAGAUGCUUCUUGAUAGUGGCGCUUCGGUCACUGGGGAUGAUGGGCAGCGCCAGUACCACCGAGCUAUUGAGCUUGCGGAGAGAAAUGGGCAUCAUGCUGCCGCAAGGCUGUUAAUAGCUUUCGAGCCACAGGGUGUGAGCCUCCGCCGGGUCGAUUGCAAUAUUGUGGUUUUGAGAGAUUGGCAAAGAGAGGAGCUUAACGAUCAUGGGAGGCAGUUAUAUCUCUCUGUUGUGUUCGUCUCUGCGCAAAGUCCGGGGAAAAAUCUCCAAGCCGAACGACUCCAGUCCUUCAAGAGUGACUCUGAAUCAGAAAAUUCGAAUUGUGAGACGGAAGAUGAACCUAAGACUAUCAACGUAUACGCCCAUCACGACAGCCUUAACAUGAGACCGGUCAUUCAGGGAAGCCAUGAACUCGUUCGUAGCAAGCUCGUACGCACCGCCGUCGGCCAACCGGGCCUGCAACAAAGGCUCUUGGCCCAGACGGCUCGGGAGGAAGUGAUUAACCUGACUGUUAAACACAGCGGAGGGGAUUGCAACGCCCCAGAUGCUACUGAGACUGCGCAGGAAGGCCCAGGUGGCGGUCGCGACGGCGACAUCGGUCUCUGGGAGGGCAAAUGGGAUGCUUGCCACAGCGCUGGGGAGGAGGUUUACGCAGGGGAUUGGGGAGGCUUCCUCCACCGCUUGGAAGUAGACCGGGAGGAAGUUAGCGCUAGAAGGAUGAAGAGUACGGAGGCGACCAGGAGAGCGUUGCCUAGAAAGUUGGCGGCGGAGCAUGUUGCGGAUGGAGACUUUCUUGUAGUUGACUUUGAGAAGGGGGAUGAUGAGGAGCAGCGCGACGCCGCAGAUGGGCAGGUUGAGAUAGAAGAUCCAACGCCAGGUAACACGUUGGGUCAUGAGACCGCCAAUAACAGGGCCCAGCGAGAGGGCGACAGCAAACACCGAAAAGAUGACACCCAUGCAUUUGGGCCGCUCGUGCAGCGGGAGGAGGCUACGGCGGCCGAAGAUAUUGGCCAUCCGGCCGUAAAGCGGUUGGAAGGCGGCCAUGGUGAGCAUAUAUGCAUUGGAGAUCCACACCUAGGCAUCGCCCGAGUUCAGGCCACGAACGAUGGUGGCACGGCUGUCGAAAUGACGGAGGCUUCCAGCGCGGAUAGCAACGAGGUGAUCGUGAGAGCUGCAAAGAUGGCCUAUCUCAACGAUCUAUUAGAUCAAGUACAGGAUGGGGAACACGUGGAUGAGGCCUUACCCAGAACCGCCAGCCCUUUUUGGCCAGCGGUGGCUGCAAAGACGGAGACAGGGAGGGGUCUGUGGGCAUGGCUUCAAUAG